AUGUCAUACUGGGUCGCUAUGUCACAUGCACUCGAGAAUCAGCAUGAUUGGCACGCAUCACAUGACUGGGUCUACGACAGAUUUGAUGUUGUUCCUACUGACGGACAAGAGUUGGAAAUUAUUGACGAGGUUCUAGAUGUCUUAGAGAGCCUUCCAUGGGAUGCCCCUCUCAAGGGAUUCGGCGCUCAGACAGAUCUGAGGAGCACUGAGCUCCGACCGCUGUUAGGAUCAUGUCCAAUUCAUGGUCGUGUUUUGGACAGCAUGAUUGCUGUAGUGGUCCAGUGUAUGCAAGCAUCAGACGAUGAAGACCUCCAGUCUAUUUCGGUUGAAUCUCUCGACUUUGCAGAUAUCCUUCGGCUUAGCGAUAAACAGUGGAAGAGCUACAAGACAGACAAGGCUUUCAUUCGCCUUCGUACCAUUGGCUCUGCAUUACGCGAGGGUGCACUUCAUCGUAUCCUCCUUCCCAUCAAUAUCGACAAUGUUCAUUGGGCUGUUAUUGAGGUUGAUGCUACAAACCAAAGCAUCUCCUAUGCCGACUCCCUUGGCUGGAGUUGGCCUAACGAAGACAUUGAUGCCAUACAUCAUUGGCUGGGCUAUCAUGGUUUCGCCAAAUUCAACCGGGCGACCACACUCCAGCACAGUGAACAGCAUGACUCGUUCUCAUGUGGUAUUGCAGCUCUAAACACUAUCAAACAUGCCUUGUUUCAAGAUCCGUUGUUCACUGACAAUAGAGCUUUUUCCCUCCAUAUGGGGGAAUUUCUUUAUAUCAUUUAUGAUCACCUCGAGCUCUCCGAUCUCAACGACGACCCAAACGACAGCUCAUAUUCAGACAGUGAUGAUGUCGAAACUCAGCCACCAUCCCCCCCAACUCUGCCUACGCAUCAUCCACAGCAAAAACCAAAACUCAACCUCCGUGCCACCAACGCAGAUCUGAGUACCGGUCUGUUCAAGUUUUUCCCGACGGUUUCACGCGAUGAGCAUUUAAAGCUUGCCUGGAAGCCUUCUACUCGGGAGCUCAAGGACUGGGAUCAGCAGGAGCAGGGCCUGUUGCCAGGAAAAGUUCAAUGUCGAGCCCGUGAAAAAGAUGCCAAGCAGAAACCAACCGUAGAAUCUGUUCUUCAUGAUCAUACUCCCCAACCGCUAGCAGUCACAAUUGCUGAGGCUUCAUGCCGGAAGCACAAGUGGGAGGACACAGAGGCUCGUCGUGUCAACUGGCAGAGCCCUCUUUUAUGGCCGACUAUCGAAACAGCUGCCAUUCGUGUCGGCUAUGGAAUGUCACCAAUUGAGAUUGAGCGCAAGCUUAAGCGAGUCGAUCCCUCCCGCUUUCAUGGUAUUUCUGCCCAAGUUAUAGGAAGGUGGAUUGACCAAAAUGGGACAUGGCCAGUAUGGCUUGCCAGUGUCCUCACUCAUGUUCAAAAGGGCAACCUUCCCUUGACAACUGCAACACCACCAGGCAUCCUUGCAAAGUAUCCUGAAGUCAUGAAGACCAUCAUCGAAGAUCUCCAUGCUCUGUGUGCGAAAUCUUCGAGGCCACUGCCAAGGAUGGCUCAAAAUUUCAAUGUACUGAGUCUUGGGUCAAGAAAUUCAUACAUCAAACUCUCAAUUGGACAUUUUGUCGUCCCACUCGCACUGCACUCGACCCCUUCCAAUGCCGAUCAACUCUGUCUGGACCAAUUUUAUCAUCUGACUUUAACUAUCCGUGAUUGUGCGAUCUUCGAUGCUUCCUUCUAUGUCAACAUUGACCAGACCAACAUUGUGUAUCAACCUGCGAACACCGCUACAUACGAGGAAGUUGGUUCCAAGCAAGUCGCAGUGAUUGGACAGGAAGAAAAACGAGCAUUCACUAUGGUCGUUGGCAUCUCUGCCUCUGGGGAUGCUCUUCCAUUCCAGGUCAUCUAUUGUGGCAAAACUGCUCGUUCACUCCCCUCAAAAAGCACACCACAAUUCAAGGACGCACAAGACUUGGGCUUUCAGCUGUGCUUCUCCAAUACCGAUACCUAUUGGUCAACAUUCCAGCUCAUGUGCGAUUAUGUUCGCAAUAUUCUAGUUCCCUACUGGACAAGACAGAAGGAGCUCAUUGGGGCUCCUGAUGACCAGGAAUGUAUCCUACAGCUGGAUGUUUGGUCAGUACACAAGUCUGUGCAGUUUCGCACUUGGCUUGAUCAGCAGUACCCAUGGAUCAAGUACCACUUUGUUCCUGGUGGCUGCACUGGAAUUGCUCAGCCAUGUGAUGUUGGCGUCCAAUGCCCAUUCAAGCUUGCUGAAUCUUUGUCGUUGCUGAAGAAAGACGAAGCUGCACACGUCAUCCGACUUGACACAACAUUACCCACACUCCGCGAUAGAUCUUUACAGUGGCUCAUCAACGGUUACCAUGCUAUCAACAAGCCUGACGUGGUCAAACAGUGUAAGGCUGGCACAACAUUCAAUCUCUCAUUCAAGAGCCUCACCAGUCAUGAAGCACUUCAUGCACUACAUGAUGUGCAAAAAAACGACACCGUGACUUGGGAAUGCAUCAAAACAGCUCAAUAUAAGACUCCCGAAGCCGACAAAGAAGUAGAGCUGCCUUUCACACAUGCUGCAGAUGUCGAGCUUGAUCCUAGUGAUGUUUCGGUGGAUACAGUUCUGCAACACAUUGCAUUGGGUGAAUCAUCUGUCCCUCAUGGCUAUAGCACUGAUGAUUUGGGGCUUCAAUCUACGCCUGAUGGGUCUACAGAGGUUGAGGCUGAGGGCCGUGGCAAGCGCAGACGUGUUGCGAACACUCAGUACAGAGACUUUUGGAUGCAUUAG